GAGCGACCACUGAUUUCAGUCUGCAGCUGUGCCUUCUCACGAAUUUCCACCGGAAACCACCACCACUUGUCUGCUCCAGGUCGAUUGCCUUUCAGUACCUAUUCAUUCUUGCUCAUGGCUUCUACAAAGACCAAGUCUGCAUCUACUAGUGGCGCUGGGAAAAAGCCCAAAGCGGCUGUUACAUCAUCUACUACUGGUUCUUCCAGUCCAGUGCUUUCCACUGCUUCUGAGGCUGUCACGUAUGGUUCGGGUAGACCAGACAAAAAGAUAUACGACGCUGAGCAACAGAAAAUCCAGGUUGAUAUUGAUGCGGUUCAGGUUAAGCUUGGUGCAGUAAGAGAGAAGCUUAAUCUGACAACGAGGGGUGGUCCUGGAAAUGACAGGCGAAAUGAGCUUCGUGCCGAAUUGGAUCAAAUACGUGGCCAGCAAUCUUCGAAUAAGCUUGCCCGAGGCAAGGUAUUCGACCAGCUGAAUGCCCUUCAGGAAGGUGUACAAAAGAAGAUCAAAGAUCUUAACGUUGCCAGAAGCAAGAUUCUGUACAAAACAGUUGCCGACGUUGAUGAACGCAUCAAGCAACUUGACAAACAGGUUGAAUCUGGUAACUUGAAGAUCGCCGAUGAAAAGCGUGCUUUAGCGGAGAUCAGCCAGCUCAAACGCAAUCGUCGUACUGUCGAAGGAUUCCAAGCAGAGCAAGAUGGCAUUGAGAAGGAUCGCGCUACUGCUGAUGAGCUCAAGAAGCAACUCGACGACCCAGAAGCCAGGGCCAUUUCUGAACGGUAUGAAGCUAUCAAGGGAGAGCUCGACGAACUGAAGAAGGAAGGAGAUGAGGCCUAUGCCAACCGCAGCAAACUCAUGGACGAGCGAAGUGCAUUGCAGGCUCAGCUAGACACCCUCUAUGGCCAGAAGAGGGAGUCUGCUCAACGAUUCCGAGAAGCAAACGAUCGUCACUGGGCUAAAGUUACUGAGGAUAGGGCAAGACGUGAGGAGAGGCACCGUGCUCAGCGUAUUGCCGAAGCGGAAGCGAAGAAGAAAGAAUUGGUGGAUCGACUGCGCGAGGAUGCUUCGGUACCUGCAUUCCAGGCUCAAAUCGAGGAUUGCCAAACCCUCAUCGACUAUUUCUCCGGAAAGACUUCCACUCCUGCCGCUUUAUCGACAACUUCACAUGAGAAGACGGAGCUUGUCGGUGUUCCUAAGCUCGAGCUUAGGAAGGUGGAGGCACAGGAGGGUUUGGUCGUGCGUAAGAAGAAAGGUGAAGAGGAAGAGGCGUAUUUCGUAGGUGGUGGCAAAGGCAAGAAAAACAAGAAGGGUGGCUCAAAACCUGUCUCUGCCUCCAACUCGAACUCAUCCGAGGCUCCUUCCGGGCAACUCAACAUUCCUCUACCAACACUCUCCGCUCUACUUUCGCUCUCAAUACCUCCGCCUACGUCAACUGCGGACUUACCGCGGGUGGUUGAGGAUCUCAAGACGAAGAAGGCUUGGUUCGAGGCCAACCAAGAACGAGUAACAGCGGAGAAUAAGGAGAAGGCUGAAGCUGAGAUCCGUCGUCUCACAGGCGGAGACAAGCAGGACAUCGUUUCACCCGAGGAAAUCAAGCCUCCGAACGGUGUUCCCGAGUGGCCUACGGAACCUGCACCCACUCCAGCGUCGACUCUGAUUUCUCCCAUCGCAGUACCGUCGGAAGAGGAGGUAGAAGAGAAGUUGGAGAGUGUCGCUGAAGAUGAUGUAGAGGAAAAGAAAGACGAAUAAGCUUGUUGCCGCUCUAGCAUGGAUUUUAUACAUUUCACAUUUUCCUAUACGGACCCGAAGUUCGAGUCAAUCUUCACUAAGUUACUUUGCAAGUUUCACUGCCCGCGGGUGAUGACCCGAUAUUUGGUAUGAUUGGUGAGUACACGGGUAUUUACAUAUAAGACUUCGAGAGCAGACGAUACAGAUAGAAGUAAGUAAGGGAACGCGAAAAGUCAAUAAUAAUUAGUGCAAACGAGUC